AUGAGUGAAGAACAGGUCUCGUCUGCCGCUGAGGCUGCACAGAGGCAGGUUCGUGUGCAGCUCACGAGCCAGCAGGAGGAUAUUGCUCUGCCUGAGAGCACCGGUCCCAUCCUUGUUCCCACCGGUCUGCGUCGAUAUGCUCUGUCAACCCUGGUGAACAACCUUCUGAGCAGCGAGAAGCCGAUCCCGUUCGAGUUUUUGAUCAACGGAACAUUUUUGCGCACCUCUAUUGAUGAAUACCUGACCGCCAAUGGUAUCUCUGCCGAAACUACACUCGAGAUUGAAUAUGUCCGAGCUCUCAUUCCGCCGCUUCACAUUGCAUCUUUCCAGCAUGAUGACUGGGUCAGCGCCACGGACGUGCUCUCUGAAACUUCGCCCGCCGCCUCUUGGGCCUCCGGCGCCACCUUCUCCAAGGGUCAAGAGAGGAUUUUGUCUGGAAGCUACGAUGGUCUGCUGCGGAUAUGGAACAUGUCGUCGGAGAUCAUUGCGACCUCGCCUGCUCCCGCGGAGGGUGGACACACUGCGUCUAUCAAGGCCGCCAAGUUCGUGUCUCCCAACCAGAUUGCGUCCACUGGCCUAGACCGCACUGUUCGUUUGUGGAAGUACACUGAAGAUGAUGAGUUUUCUGGCAAGAUUACUCCUCAACUGGAGCUUUACGGACACAAAUCCGCCAUUGAAUCGUUGGCUGUGCAUGCGCCGUCCAACCGUCUGCUCACGGGCUCGGCCGACCACACCGUCGGUUUCUGGUCCACGAAGAAGGCAGAUGCCCCCGCAGCCCCGGAGAACCUGCUCCCAUCUAGCAUUGGCCGAACUUCGAAGCGACGCAAGCUGAACACUUCCGUCAGCACCGCACAGCGCGGUCCUCUGUCACUUCUCUCGGGCCACAGCGCUCCCGUCUCCGGCGCCAUCUUUGACGCAAGAGAUUCCACUGUCGGAUACUCGGUCUCGUGGGAUCACUCGCUACGCACCUGGGACCUCGUGACCGGUUCUCUUGUUGACACCCGCACCACUUCCCACUCCCUUCUCUCUCUUGAGCACCUUCCCGACCACCACCUCUUGGCAGCAGGUACCUCUGCCCGACACAUCACCCUGAUCGACCCGCGAGCAUCUGCCACAACUGUUGCGGCCUUGACACUCCGUGGACAUACAAACGCUGUCGUGAGCUUGGCUCGGGACCCGCACAGCACCUACGGCCUUAUCAGUGGUAGCCACGACGGCACAUGCCGAAUCUGGGAUAUCCGUUCCACCAAGACCGACAAGGACGGUGUUGUCGGCGAGAGCGUGUACUCGAUCGGCCGCAAGAGCCUCGAGGAGGAAGGCAAGGCGGACAGCAAGCGUGUCGGGGGUGAGGGCGUAAAGGUGUUCAGUGUGUGCUGGGACAAGGCGGUUGGCAUCGUGAGUGCCGGCGAAGACAAGCGCAUCCAGAUCAACCGUGGCGAGGGUGUUCUGUCCUCGAAGCAGUAG